CCCGCCGCAAACAAAACCACGUGAACAAAACAAAGAUGGAUACAGGCUUCGACGACCCGGGCAUAUUUUUCAGCGAUAAUUUCGGCUCUGAGGAUCAAAACAAUGACGAUCAAAUCAACAGAGUACAAGUAAAGAAGCGGUUUAAGGAUUUCAUCCGACAAUUUCAUGAAGGCCAGUUUUCAUACCGUUACAGGGAUGAACUGAAACGUCAUUACAAUUUAGGAGAGUACUAUCUGGAGGUCGAGAUCGAAGAUGUAUCCAGCUUUGAUGAGGCACUAGCAGAAAAGUUGUACAAGCUGCCAGCACAACAUCUUCCACUGUUUGAGGAUGCAGCAAAGGAGGUGGCAGAUGAGAUUACGAAGCCAAGACCGGAUGGAGACGAGGAAGUUCAGGACAUUCAGGUCAUGCUUACAUCUAAGGAAAAUGCAACCAACCUCCGCGGGCUCAAGUCUGACCAGAUGUCAAAAUUGCUGAAGAUUCCUGGCAUUGUCAUCGCAGCAUCAGCCAUCAAAUCCAAAGCCACCACACUGACCCUCCAGUGUCGCAGCUGCCGUAACGUUAUCAACAACAUUGCUAUUAAUCCAGGAUUAGAGGGCUACAGCUUGCCUCGAAAGUGCAAUACUGACCAGGCAGGGAGGCCCAAAUGCCCAGUUGACCCGUUCUUUAUUGUACCGGACAAGUGUCGCUGUGUAGAUUUCCAGGUGUUGAAAUUGCAGGAAGCUCCCGAGUCAGUGCCCAAUGGGGAGAUGCCACGACACAUGCAGCUCUUCUGUGAUAGGUACAUGUGUGACAAGGCUGUUCCGGGUAACAGGGUGUCUGUCAUUGGCAUCUUCUCCAUUAAAAAGAUGGCCCCAACUAAGGGCAGUGCUAGGGAGAAGGUGAAUGUUGGAAUCAGGGCUCCGUACUUCAGGGUAGUGGGCAUACAGGUGGACACAGAGGGUAAAGGCCACGCUACAGGCACCACCAUCACACCCACUGAGGAGGAGGACUUCCAGAGAUUGGCCAAGACUCCCAAUGUUUAUGACACCAUUGCCAAGAGCAUUGCUCCCUCCAUCUAUGGUAGCUUAGAUAUGAAGAGGGCUAUUGCUUGCUUGCUGUUUGGUGGCUCUAGGAAAAGACUACCUGAUGGUUUGACACGUCGUGGGGAUGUAAAUUUGUUGAUGUUAGGAGACCCAGGUACUGCCAAGUCCCAGCUGUUGAAGUUUGUGGAGCGUGUCUCUCCCAUCGCAGUUUACACCUCCGGCAAGGGCAGCAGUGCUGCUGGUCUUACUGCUUCUGUCAAUAGAGACCCGCAGACACGUAACUUUGUGAUGGAGGGUGGGGCGAUGGUUCUGGCAGAUGGAGGUGUCGUCUGCAUUGACGAGUUUGACAAGAUGAGGGAGGAUGACCGUGUCGCCAUUCACGAGGCCAUGGAGCAACAGACCAUCUCAAUUGCCAAGGCUGGCAUCACAACAACCUUGAAUUCUCGCUGCUCGGUGCUGGCAGCUGCAAAUAGUGUGUAUGGCCGUUGGGAUGACACCAAGGGGGAGGAGAAUAUUGACUUUAUGCCAACAAUCCUCUCCAGGUUUGACAUGAUCUUCAUCGUCAAGGAUAUGCAUGAUGAAGCCAGAGAUACAAGAUUGGCCAAGCAUGUGAUGAAUGUCCAUCUGAAUGCUCUUCAAAUGACCGAAGAACAGGCAGAGGGUGAAAUUGACCUCCUGACCCUGAAGAAGUACAUCAACUACUGCAGGGGUAAAUGUGGUCCCCGCCUGUCUUCGGAAGCUGCUGAGAAGCUGAAGAAUCGCUACGUCUUGAUGCGCAACUCUGCUGGGGAAUAUGAGCGAGAGACGGGCAAGAAAGUCAGCAUUCCCAUCACUGUCAGACAACUUGAGGCAAUCAUCCGUAUCAGUGAGUCGUUGGCAAAGAUGAAGCUUCAGCCAUUUGCCACAGAGUCUGAAGUGGACGAAGCUCUACGCCUGUUUCAGGUCUCAACCCUGGAUGCUGCCAUGACUGGAAACCUUGCAGGUGUGGAGGGGUUCACGACAGAGGAGGACCAAGAUAUGCUGUCUAGGAUCGAGAAGCAGCUGAAACGACGUUUUGUGAUUGGUUCCCAGGUCUCUGAGCAUGCAGUUCUUCAGGACUUCUCUAAACAGAAGUAUCCAGAACGUUCUAUUCAGAAGGUGAUACACUUCAUGCUGCGUAGAGGGGAGCUCCAGCACCGUAUGCAGAGGAAGAUGCUGUACAGGGUGAAAUAGGGGGACCCCAGCAAUCUGAUUAAGGCCCCUAGUAGGCCUACAAGCACUAGACCGGAGCUUCGUAGAGUUAGCCUAAGACAAUACAACAGUGCUAGAAAAAAACACAUCUGAAGCUCACAAUAUACAUGAUAGUUAAUUAUGAUAGUUAAUAAUGAAGAUUUGUUCCUUUGUCACAAACAGGGAACCUAUUUUGCAAUUGGCAGGAUUAUCGUGAACUUUAAAAAAAAAAAAAAUGGCACCAAAUUUGAUAAAAAUAUUUAAAAAAAAAACUAGUGUAGUAUGAUAAAGGCAAAUUGAGCAAAAAAAGAACUUUUAAAAAGGCAGAUGUAAGUGAUAAAAUAAUUUGCCAACAGGGCAUUCAGUUAUUAAGUUUCAUGAAGACAGUUAUAUCUUCUAUACUUAUUCUCUGGAAAUGAAUGUUCUCAGUGUACAUACUUGUAUUAUACAAAUGUUAUAGCCAAGAUUUUGAGGGAAACUGUUCUGAUACCACGUGUGUGUUCAACUGUACAGAAAAUGUGUUCAAGACUAUAAUGUGUUCAAAUAUUUUUCAUAAAUUCUUCCAAUGGG